AUGGCAAGGACGAAGUUCACAAGGAACGGAAAAACGGUAACGAUCUUUGGAGGGAUGAGGAAUUUCGAGUACGGGAGCGAAGAAGCGGUUCAGUCGAAGAAGAAUGAGAGUGAAGAAGUGGUUCAGCCGUCGAAGAAGGGUGAAGGGAGUGUCUCUGAACCAAAGAAAUCGGCGAAGGAAGGUGGAAAUCGCGGUGCCUCUGUGAGUCAGUCAUCGCCGGGGAGAUCGAGGAAGAGUAAAAGAGUUGAAGCGAAGACGAUGGUGGCAUCUCCAGAGAAGGUUACGAGGCGUGGGACACCAUAUGGGUCGCCUGUGGCAUCUCCGGAGAAGGUUACAAGGCGUGGGACACCAUAUGGUGGUUCUACUCCUUCUCCUAGACAAAUGAAGAAGCAGAAGGUUACUGGUGGGUCAACUCGAAACUCGAAGACAAAAGAUGAUGAUGUUGAUGAUGUUGAUGAUAGAGAAGAAUGUCCACAGAAAGAGACAAAAGAGCUGAAUCCUCGAAGUGAAGAAGAGGAAUUUGGAGAUAUAGGUGAUGAUGGUACGCUAGCAUUAGAAGAUGGUAUGUUAGCAUUAGAAGAUGGUAGGCUUGAUGUAGAAGAAGAUGAUGGUUUUGCUGGCAUCGAAGAAGGAAACUGCGGAGAUUUGGGUCUUCAUUUUGGUGAGGAAGCAAGAAAUGAUGACUGUGAGGUUGAUGAAGACGAAGGGGAUGAUUAUGCUUGGGAUGAAGAUAAAAUCCCUGAUCCGAUGUCUUCAGAUGAUGAGAAUGAAGAGGAGAUGAUACCUGCGGAAGCUUACAGAGCAGACACUGAUCCAGAGGAACUACUUCUGCUUGGCAAAGUAUUUUCAGAUGCUGAGGACUUCAAACAUACUUGUCUCAGGUAUACCCUCAAAACCAGAUACAACAUCAAAUUCUACCGAUCCAGUAGCUUGAAGAUGGGUGCAAAAUGUGCUGCUGAGAUGAGAGACGAUGAGUCUCCAUGUCCUUGGAUGGUGUACUGUUCUUAUGAUAGGAGGAAGCAGAAAUUGAUGGUAAAGACAUACGUCAAUGACCAUAGGUGUGAGAAGACAGGGCACUCAAGGAUACUUAAGAGGUCAGCAAUUGCAAGUUUAUUUGCUGAGCGGUUAAGGCUGAAUCCGAAGAUCACAGCAAAGGAGAUACAGGCGGAGAUCUUGAGGGAGUAUAAGAUGGAAGUCAAAGAAAACUCAUGCAUUAAGGCCAAGACGAAAUUGAUGAGAGAAAGGAGGAAGACCCAUGAGGAGCAUUUUGAUAAAAUCUUGGAUUACCAAGCAGAGAUCUUCAGGAGCAAUCCUGGAUCCACCAUGGACAUUGAGACCAUACCAGGAGCCACAGUUGGAAGCAAGCAGAGGUUCUACAGGCUCUACAUGUGUUUCCAAGCACAAAAGGAAUCAUGGAAGAAGACUUGUAGGCCAGUUAUUGGCUUAGACGGAGCUUUUCUGAAGUGGGACAUCAAGGGACAGUUGUUGGCUGCGGUUGGAAGAGAUGGAGACAAUAGGAUUGUCCCUAUUGCUUGGGCUGUAGUGGAGAUAGAAAAUGAUACAAACUGGGAUUGGUUUGUGCAGCAUUUGGCCAUGGAUUUGGGAUUGGAACUUGGGAAAGGCUUUGUUGUAAUGUCUGACAAACAAAAGGGACUAGUGAAGGCAGUUCAUAACCUCCUUCCAGAAGCUGAGCAUAGGCAGUGUUGUCGCCAUAUUUACGAGAACUGGAGGAAAGGUGGAAAAGAUCUAAGGUUACAGAAGUUCUUCUGGUACAUUGCAAGGUGCUACACUCCUGGUAUGUUCAACUACAACAUGGAUGAGCUUAAGAGAUAUGAUCCAGGCGCACAUGCAUCUCUGGUUAAGACAAAGCCAGAGACUUGGUCUAGAGCUUUCUUCAAGAUAGGCUCCAACUGCAAUGAUAAUCUGAACAACUUGUGUGAGUCCUUCAACAAGACCAUCAGGGAGGCUAGGAAGAAGCCUCUGCUCGACAUGUUAGAGGAGAUAAGGCGCCAAUGUAUGACUAGGAACUACUUAAGGUCUAAGAUGGCUACGGCCAGGAAGACUAGGUUCACGGAGAAGACACAGAAAGAGUUAGCCAGGGUUGAGGAGAAGUCUAAAGAGUGUACACUGCGUUGGGCAAUUGGGCCAGAGACUGAGGUGGAGGACCAAGAGCAGACGUAUGUUGUGAGUUUGGAGAGGGAGACUUGUGCAUGUCGAAGCUGGCAAAUGAAUGGUAUUCCAUGCAUCCAUGCUGCUAAGGUCAUCCUUGGUGCGAAAAGGAAGCUUUCUGAGUUUGUUGCUCCUUGCUACACAACAAACCAGUGGCGUGAAACCUACAGUUAUGGGAUCAGUCCUUUAAAUGGGAUGAUAGAGUGGCCUCAGACCAAUAGAUUAGGUGUGAUUCCACCACCUAAUCGAAAUGGCAAGCCUGGUAGGCCUAAAAACCAUGAUCGAAAGAAGGGAACCAAUGAGACAGUGUCUACUACCAAGCUGAGCCGUGCGAACAGGAUAAUGACAUGCUCUAAUUGCAAAGAAGAAGGGCACUACAAGAAUACAUGUCGGAAGGCUUUUGUCCCGAGCUCACCUAAGAAACCAAGAGGCAGACCAAGGAAAUAUCAGGUAAGGGACUACAUUUUGAAGAGUCACAAGCUCAAACCUCCCAAGCUCAAUCCUCACAACCUCACUCAUCACAAGCUUCCCAAGCUCACUCCUCACAAACUGAAGCAUCACGAUGGGAAGUUCCUCAAUCUACCCAAGCAUCACAGACUGGAGCGUGGGGAAGAUGGUUCUCUUAGAACUACUCUUUUGUUUGUUGUGUGA